CUUUCAGCGGUGAGGUUUUCGCCGGUAGUAUCUCGGAACCUGGACGGACACUAGCAGUUGAAGCAAGACCGCAGGCCUAUACAGAAGACACCAUGGGGAUUAAAUUCUUGGAGGUGAUAAAGCCGUUCUGUGCUGUAUUACCCGAAAUCCAGAAGCCAGAAAGAAAAAUUCAGUUUAGAGAGAAAGUACUAUGGACCGCCAUCACUCUCUUCAUUUUCCUUGUUUGCUGUCAGAUCCCCCUGUUUGGCAUUAUGUCCUCUGACUCAGCUGAUCCCUUCUACUGGAUGAGGGUGAUCUUGGCUUCCAACAGAGGCACACUGAUGGAGCUGGGUAUCUCUCCCAUUGUUACCUCUGGCCUCAUCAUGCAGCUGCUGGCAGGGGCUAAGAUCAUCGAAGUGGGGGAUACCCCUAAAGACAGAGCCCUCUUCAAUGGAGCGCAGAAAUUGUUUGGUAUGAUCAUCACCAUUGGCCAGGCCAUCGUUUACGUGAUGACUGGCAUGUAUGGAGACCCCUCUGAAAUGGGCGCUGGCAUCUGCCUGCUUAUUAUCAUCCAGCUGUUUGUAGCAGGUAUGAUUGUCCUGCUACUGGAUGAGCUGCUCCAGAAAGGAUAUGGUCUGGGCUCUGGUAUCUCCCUGUUCAUUGCCACCAACAUCUGUGAAACUAUCGUGUGGAAGGCCUUCAGUCCUACCACUGUCAACACUGGCAGAGGUACUGAGUUCGAAGGAGCCAUCAUUGCCCUCUUCCACCUCCUGGCUACCAGGACAGACAAGGUCCGUGCCUUAAGAGAGGCCUUCUACAGACAGAACCUGCCCAACCUCAUGAACCUCAUCGCCACCGUCUUCGUCUUUGCUGUAGUCAUAUACUUCCAGGGCUUCAGGGUCGACCUGCCCAUCAAGUCAGCACGUUAUCGUGGCCAGUACAACACCUAUCCCAUCAAGCUGUUCUACACCUCCAAUAUCCCCAUCAUUCUGCAGUCUGCUCUGGUAUCCAACCUCUACGUCAUUUCCCAGAUGCUCUCCACACGGUUCAACGGUAACUUCCUAGUCAACCUACUAGGGACCUGGUCGGACUCUACUACGAGUGGUCCAGCACGUGCCUAUCCAGUAGGAGGCCUAUGCUACUACCUUUCUCCUCCGGAGUCGUUUGGGUCAGUCCUAGACGAUCCAGUUCACGCCUGCAUCUACAUCGUCUUCAUGCUUGGAUCCUGUGCCUUCUUCUCCAAGACUUGGAUUGAGGUUUCUGGUUCUUCUGCCAAAGAUGUGGCCAAGCAGCUGAAGGAGCAGCAGAUGGUGAUGAGGGGACACAGAGAGACCUCCAUGGUCCAUGAACUCAACAGGUACAUUCCCACAGCAGCUGCCUUUGGUGGGCUCUGUAUUGGUGGCCUGUCUGUCAUGGCAGAUUUCCUUGGUGCUAUAGGGUCUGGAACGGGUAUCCUGUUGGCUGUUACCAUCAUCUACCAGUACUUUGAGAUCUUUGUAAAGGAGCAGAGUGAAAUGGGCAGUAUGGGGGCCCUUCUCUUCUAGAAGAUCCAUAGACACCUUCUCACCAACUUUGUAAUGCACAUGGACACACCCCAGAGCAGUCCCACCAUCGAUCUUCAAUAUAAUUCACAAAUUUUGUUUAUUUUAAAAUGUACCCAAUCUGUAUCCAUAUUGUGGAAAGUUUUUCAAAAAUAUUAUAAGGUGGCUCUUAGCAGGCAUACUUGAAGACAAACUGUUGAAGUAUGGAGGUGGUAUAGAAGGUCUACAUCCUGACAUUCACAACAACUCGGUUUAUCUUUUUAACAUCCAGACCCACUUCUGUCUUUCAUUUUAUCUUUUUACAUCAGUUUUCCUGAUGCCUGGGAUAGGUUGACUACUCCAAUAGUCAGUGUCAGGCUGUAAGGAAUGAGUUGAACAUGAAGUGUUAAUGAUGAAGCAGCUUUGUCUGUACCCAGACUGUGAUCAGAUGCCUUUAAAUACAGGCUGACUAGGCUUAGUUUAGGCCAGUCAUUAAACAACAGUUCAAAAUAGUAUGCGUUGGAAAAAAUUUUUUUCUUCUCAUUAUCCCCCAUUACCUUCAUUUGUAUAGUGUCCUUUACAGUAUCUUUUUACAAAACAUUCUUUUUGGGUUGUGUUGAAGGACCACUGAUGGUAUGCAAGGUGUGGUUUGGCCAGGCUUAUACAUUAGAAUUCAUACCAGUCUGUCUGCCUACCUUGUUGCAAAACUGACCUUAAAAGUGGGUUGGUAAAAGUAGUGGAGGGUACAGGGCCCUUAAUGUGGUCCAGAUUUGUCAAAUACAAAUGUUCACUUGUUUUGUGUGUGUGAAUGUGUGCAUUGGCAGUGACACUGACAGUGGGGCUUAUUCUGUUGAGUAGUGUUAUGAAUCUUAAUGCCACGUUCCUUCCCAUCACCCACUUGUAAGAUUUGGGUGAGGAGAUCUGUUUUCUGUUUGUGUGUUUUUAUUUUUUAUUUGUCUGCUUUGAGCAUGACCGUAAGAAACACUUUCACACCAUGUGAAUGUUGGUUUUCUGUAUAUAUGCCAUGCAUUGAGAAGUGUAAAAUAGACGUCUUUUGAAACUGUAAAAAAAAAAAAAAUGCUGUCCUGAACAAAUGUAUUCCGGAGAGAAAAUAUAAUUCUCAAUUAAAGCUCAUUUUGUGGAACAUU